AUGUAUUUAAAGGGAAUUAAUCAAGAUACUUAUACUCUCUACGAAAUGCCUGAAAAUCGAAAUGCAGGAGCAUAUUUCCACAAGAACUCAGGUCUUAUAACAUUUAAGUCAGAUAAAGAAGUAUUGAUUAGCGUAGGUUUUACCACAUUUCAAGGAUCAUGCGAAGAAAGACUUAUAACAAACGAUCACAGAUUUUCUAGAAAUGUGAAGAGUGAUACUAAAAAGGUGUAUUGCAUAUUCAAUUCUCUUCCAGGAACUCAACGCUACAGAUUAUAUUCGAAUUCCUCUUACAUUGAUUUCAAUGCUCUUUUAUACCCAAGAUAUCCAGAAUAUAGGGAUGUCUAUUGGCACCAAUAUGAUUUUCUUCUUGAACAUUCUUCUGCAAUAUUUAUUCAAUAUUAUGUUUCACACUAUUACCGCAAAGCCACAGCUUAUAUUAAAAUAAAUGGAGAUAAAUACUCCAAACAUUACUGCUAUGAAUGGGUAAACAAUUUGAGCGAACCUCAGUUCUUGACGCCUAGUACCUAUUUAGGUAUAUCCGUUGGCGCAAUUGUUGGUAUAAUUUUCGGAGCGAUAAUAGGUGUAGGAGCAAUCAUCUUUUUGAUAGUUUUCUUAGCCAAAGACCGAUAUCUUAGAGAUAGUUUAAUCAGUUGGUUCUUCGCUCCAUGCCAGUGCGAUUGUGAGAAACCAACUGGAUUCGAUACAAUCGUCGAAUAUUCUUACUCCGAAUAA